GAAAUCGGUGUUGAAACAUGGAGGUGGAAUACCCGUUGCAACAGAAACUGCAGAGAACAAAGUCUUGGAAGGAAUACGAUGCAAACGAAGAAAUCCCGAUGAUUCUGAAUGAAGGAUAUUUACCUGUGAAGUUUCAAGAUUCAGAAUUUCAGGAGUUGGAUUUUGAAGGAGCUUUACGUUUUUAUUAUAUCGUGGAUGGUGAGAGUGAACUGACAAAAGCUGUUCAACUUACAAACAAAACAACCGUAGGAGAGUUAAUACCAAAGCUAGUAGAAAAAUUUAGUCUACAGGAAGAUAAACAAUAUUCUCUCUACGAGAUCAGCGAUGGUGAACAAGUGACAUUGUUGCAACUAAAAGAGUGUCCAUUAGCUCGUGCCAUUAGUACCAGAAAUGUGCCACGCUUUGUUCUUCAGAAUAAAAUUGAAGACUUGGACCACAUAAGCAAUCACAACGAACACAACAUAGAGGAUCCAGGAGCAAUAAUUUCACAUCAGAACGGUGUAACUAAAUCAGAAAAAAAGAAGAAGUUGUUUAGUUUUAGUGUUGGUGGUGUUCACAAAAAGGAUCCUAGUGAAAAGACGGACAAGAAAAAGAAUAAGUCUAACUCAGAGAAAAAAUCUAAAAAGCGUAAAGAUAAAAAUGUUAAAAACCUUGAUAAUGAUAAUGAAUUACUGAGUAGUGAGGAUGAAUUAAGUCAUGUCAAUGGUGGUGAAAUUUUCGAAGCUGAUAUUAUAGAUGUUAAUGCAAAUACUGUAGAGUCUUCUCCCUUUUCUGAAGAAGAUAAAUCACCCGACGAAUACGAAGAUACAACUUCUCCAAAAACGCUUCUUACAGUUGCAGCACCCCAUCUUGAAAAAGAAGAAAAGUCGGUAUGCUUUUCUGAUCCCUUAGAGAGUGAAAAAUUGACUAACACUAAGGGGGAAAUUAAUGUUGGAUCAUCUAUAUUAGUUAAUCCCGAAAAUCAUUCAACCAAAGAUCGUGUAAAUUCACCAAUUCCAGUUGAACCCGAAAUUGUUGCAGCAGAAGUUUCUGCUCCAGAUUAUUCCUUACCAGAUUCGUUCCUAGAUAUAACUGAUGCUGAAAUUACCCAAAGCAAUACCUUAUAUGACAACAAAUUCCUCCCCAUCACAGAAACUGUGACAGAAAGUGUUGAAGCAAGUGUUGAAGCAACACCAGAAUUUGAAAAUCCUGACACAAAUCAUCCUUAUUCCUACCACAACAUUGAGGAAAUUACUGAAAGUGAGUUGACUGAAGAAAAAACAAACAGAAAAUUGUCAUUUUCUAAUUCUUCUAUCUUUUUUGAGCAAGAUAAUAAUCCACCCCAAUUAGACAUCAAAACAUCCAUAGAUAAAAAGAAAAAGAAAAGCAGAAAAUCAAACAAAGAAAAACCAGCAGAAAAAAGAAGCAAAUCAUUCUCCAAUAUGUUGAAAGGACAAAGGAAAAAAGAUAUAAACAAAGAUGGAACAUUGGGUCGCACUGAAUUAUCCACAAAUAAAUUAACACCUGGUAUUCUAAAAGUUUUUGGUGAUCAUGUUUCAAAAGGUUCGAAUUACAAGGCAGUCAGGGUGUCAACAAUAUCCACAUCACAGGAAGUAGUUAGAAUGGCACUGGAAAAGUAUGGGUUUGAAGAUGGUAAUCCUAAAGACUAUGUCCUUUGUGAUGUUGUGGGCCAAUUUACAUUAUCUGAAAGUGCCACAUCCACAAAAGGGAGUAAAAAACAGAGUAAAACUAAGAAAACUGAAAGCAUUAAUGAAGAGCAGCCACAGUGGACAACUGAGUAUGUUCGUGCUAUUCAUGAAAAUGAGAAACCUCUGGUUUUGCAAUCUUUAUGGAAACCAACUAAUGGUAGAUCAAGGCGAUUUGAGUUAAGAAGGAGAAUUGAUGUGGAAAGCUCUUGUUUUUUCAUUAAUACUGCUGACAGAAUGGGCCGUAGUAACUCUGAGACUAGCCUGUUUGAUGACUCUGAUCACUCAAGUGUUGUAAGUGGUGGUGAUGGAGCUGCACACACCUCUCCGAAUACUGAAAAGUCAGAAUUUAAACCUGCACCAUUGUCUCCUCAUUCAAAAAGUGAUAGGAUAUCAAGCCGCCAGGUUGGCCAGGACCAAAACAUGGCACCGCUUUACACACCAUAUUUGCUGCUUAUUCAUGGAUGUAAAGAUGCUUCAGAUGUUCUUAUUCAUAAGUUAGAUGAUCCAACUGUCAUAGUUGGUCCCUAUAUGGAAGGAGAAGAAAAACAAUGCAAUAUAUCUCUACAUGCUUCUGAUAUUCUUCUUCCUCAUUGUUGGAUUUAUAAAAAAGUAAAAUUAGAAGAAGAACCAGCUGAAACAAACUUGGAUGAAAUAAACUUUUUAGUAUUUAUUGAGCCUGCCAAUGGUGCAGACAUCACUAUAAAUGGUGCACAGAUCUCCUCUACAACAUUGGUUAAACCUGGCUAUUUAAUCGGCUUUGGAAAGCAGUACUUGUUUAUUUUCAAAGAUCCAACCCAAUUAAACAAGCCUGCAUUUUCUUUAACUUGGGUAGAUACCUUAAGAAAUGCAGCUAACUCAUCAUCAGUUUUAGGGGAUGUGAAAGAUCUUUAUGCAAUACCAAAUAAAACAAGAACUGAUCAAGCUCCUUCAGACGAUAAAGCUGUCCAAGUUGAGCUGAUUGAAGCCCCUAUUUUUUCAGAAAACACAGAGGGUAGUGAUGAAGAUUCAGAUGUGUCUUCUGAUGAUGCAUUUCUCUCGAAAGGACAUACAAAUCUUGCUCCUCGUAAGCAAGUUAAUAAAAGUAAGUUGCAGCUGGCAUAUGCAAUAAAAGAUGAAGAGGAACUGCUUCACACCAUCAUUGAUAUUGCAGAUGAACCAACAGGAGGUUUUAAAUUAACACCUGCAUACUUCUUUAUGAUGGCAAUUGAACACUCCGCUGCCACUUUCACUGAAAUCCAAACACGGAAACUUCUAUUAAAAAUUUCAAGUGGACUCCAAGGUAUUGCGUGGGAAAAAACCAAGGAAAUUGGAAAACAAAGUUCUGUAAAAGAGGAAGAUCCUGCCCGUCUUUUGGACCGUGUUUUACCUGAAUUGAAACCAGUUCUUUUUUGGAUGGCCAGUGCUUUGGAAAUGUUACAUUUUCUCCAAUGUAACCUAACUGACUAUUUGCUACCACAAGAGAAAGUGACGACGAGUAAGGAAGCUCUUCUCACUGCCGAUGAAGAGUUAUUGACCGUCCUUGAAGAAGUCAUCAUGUUUACUUUUCAACAGACAGUGUAUCAUUUAACCAAGGUGUUAUAUGUAGCUCUGCCUUCCAUUAUUGAUAUCAAUCCAUUUCAAGCUGAAGAAGCAGAAAAUGAAAACGACAACAAGCAACAAUCAGUUCAUCCUGCCAUUGAAAAAAUUGUCAAUAUUUUUAACAGCAUUUUUGAAACAGCGAAGGAGUAUCAAGUGCAUCCACAAAUCAUUUCACAGCUCUUUGCCUACCUGUUCUUCUUCUCAAAUGCUUCGCUGUUCAACACACUCAUGGAAAAAGCACCCGGGGGGAAGUUCUUGCGUUGGACAAAAGGAGUGCAAAUGCGCGGCAACUUGGAUGUUUUAGAAGAUUGGGCACAAAGCAAUGGAUUGGCAAAACCAUUUGAGCAACAUAUGUCAAGGUUUUUAGCUGCUGUUGAUUUGUUAUCAACACCUAAAGUUCAGAUAAUGCAGUUUGACUGGAAGCAAAUGCGAAUGGACUUCUCCGCGCUGAAUCCUGCACAGCUACAACAGUUAUUGAAUGAGUAUCAACUUGGUGGCAAGCCUAAACCAAGAAGCUGGUACCCUCCUCCGGAAGAAGUGGAACCUGCUCUUAGAUCUUCGGAAAUUUUAGAAAGUUUCGCCACUCAUCCGCCAUUGAUGUUGCCGUCGACCAAUUUUGUGCUUGAUUUAAACAAUGCACCUAACAGCGAAGAAUUUUCACGAUACUUGAUCAUGAUUAACGAAAGAUUCAACAAAAGCGCCGAACCUAAGCUUAGCACAGAGGAGGAAAUAAUAGUAGUGACAGAAGUUGUCGCAACUGAAUCAGCGAAACCGACGAAAAAGUCAAAAAAGGUUCGGUCACGAAGUAACAUUGACAUGGAAUAUGUUGAAUCAGCGGCUAAAAAGGAGCGAGAAAAGAACGCUAUUGCUGUGAAUGGGAUUAUUCGCACCACAAGCAAUCCGCAAGCACAAGUGGGUUCGAUAAAAUCAAUUCAAGUACAGUCGAAGAAAUCAACCACGGUAACGAUCUCUUCAAAGAGUAACAAAUCUGAAACAAGCCAGAAAUCAGAACAGACAGAUAAAAACGUCCACGGUGUCGACGAUCUCAUCAAACAAGCGCGUGUACUGAUCAACGCUAAUGAUGUGACGUCCGACGACGAAGAUGUUGAUCGCGACUUGUCAGGAAAUUUAAACGGCGACGACGAUGUGUUUGUUGUGGAUUUGACACGCGGUGAGAGGGGCUUGGGUCUGGGUUUGAUCGAUGGAAUGUUUACUUCUUUGAAAAACAAUGGAAUAUACGUGCGUACUAUCGUUCCGAAUACCCCUGCCUCAGAGGAAACGAGGUUGCGAAUCGGUGAUCAGAUACUCGCUGUAAACGGCACAUCAUUGGUUGGAUCAGACUACAGUCGGGCCAUGGAAUUGAUUAAGAAGGCUGGGGCCAAGUUAAGUUUUUUAAUCGCCAAAUCAGACGAUGACACCAUGAACCAAAUUCUUACUGCUUCGACGUAAAUAAAAAAAUAAUUUAUUUUAUAUCAAUCUUAAUAUUUAAUCCCUGCAAUUCUUUUUGUUAGUAAGCUCUUUUUACACUUGAUACUAAGACGUGUAAACUGGGCAUUGAGAUAAUUUUGUAAAAUAAAGUCUGGUUUAUAUAUAAUUUAUUUUCAGCGUGCUUUAUGUACUCGGACACCAAAAUUUGUUACCGUUUGUUUAUAAUGAGUGAGUCUCUAGGAUCAUCAUCUGUAUACCAGGCUAAACCCGGUGGAAGUUUGUUGGGUUAACGUCUAGUAUAAACUUAGAUGUAGGAAGCGGAAACAAAUUUGGUUCCGGUGCGCAAUGAAAACUCGAUAAUUCAUUUAUUUUUAUACUUUAAUUUUAUACAGUUAGCUAGACGUAGCGAAGCCCUAAUGUUUGUUUUUUAGUUGAGUGUUUCUGAAUAAAGUUUGUUUAUGUUGUCUUCUGGUAAUGUGGUUUUGUCACUUUAUUUACCUUUUUUAUACCUGUAUGAACCAAAAACAUAAUUAUAAAAAACAAAUUUCACGCUUCAUACUAUGAGAGUGUUUCAUAUUAUCCAACUUUUUUUCUUUUUUCUUACAAGAAUUAUUUUCUAGAUUUUGGCGCAGUGUUUUUUUAUAUCAUCAAUAAUUACUUUUAUAUCACAACCUUUCUUUCAUCACGUGAUGAUCACGUAAUUAUUUUCAACCAAUCAUAUUGAUUAGUUUUCCUCAUGACAUUGUUACUAUGAUUACAUAUUUAUUUAAUCACGUGACUGAAAAUUUGUCUUUUUGACAUUGUGGUUACGCAUCAAAUAAUAUUUAAGAAUUCUCUCCGUGUUUGCACAUCAUACUGUAUUUAAAAAUAAUUUGUAAAUAAAUAAACUUAUAAUAUUCUUA